CGAACAGGGUUGCACUCCCUCAACGGGCUAUCAGCUGUUUGAGACAAUUUCGGGAUUAUAUUAUAAAAUUGCUACGAAAAUGUCAAUUGAAAAAGCCCACCGGAUGAGAGCGAUCAAAUGCCCAACGGAUGAGCUGUCCCUGACGAACAAGGCGAUUGUGAAUGUGUCCGAUUUCACGGAGGAGGUCAAAUAUGUGGACAUCUCGCCGGGCCCGGGGCUGCACUACAUCUUCGCGCUGGAGAAGAUCAGCGGGCCGGAGCUGCCGCUCGGCCACGUCGGAUUCUCGCUGGUCCAGCGCAAGUGGGCCACGCUCUCCAUCAACCAGGAAAUAGACGUGCGGCCGUACCGAUUCGAUGCCAGCGCCGAUAUCAUCACACUGGUCUCCUUCGAGACGGACUUCCUGCAGAAGAAGACCACCACGCAGGAGCCCUACGACUCCGACGAGAUGGCCAAGGAGUUCCUCAUGCAGUUCGCCGGAAUGCCGCUGACCGUCGGCCAAACGCUCGUCUUUCAGUUCAAAGACAAGAAAUUCCUGGGCCUCGCUGUAAAAACGCUGGAGGCAGUGGAUCCCCGAACAGUGGGCGAUUCCCUACCGAAGACUCGGAACGUACGAUUCGGCCGCAUCCUCGGUAACACGGUGGUGCAGUUCGAGAAGGCCGAAAACUCUGUGCUAAAUCUGCAGGGUCGCUCCAAGGGUAAGAUCGUGCGGCAGUCCAUCAUAAAUCCGGACUGGGACUUUGGCAAGAUGGGCAUUGGUGGCCUAGACAAAGAGUUCAAUGCGAUUUUCCGACGCGCCUUCGCCUCUCGUGUUUUUCCGCCGGAACUUGUCGAACAACUGGGCAUCAAGCACGUUAAGGGUAUUCUGUUGUACGGACCACCAGGCACGGGAAAAACCCUGAUGGCCCGGCAAAUAGGUACCAUGCUGAAUGCCCGCGAACCCAAGAUCGUGAAUGGACCGCAGAUCCUGGACAAGUACGUGGGUGAAUCAGAAGCCAAUAUCCGGCGACUGUUUGCCGAGGCCGAGGAGGAGGAAAAGCGCUUGGGACCGAACAGUGGACUGCACAUCAUCAUCUUCGACGAGAUCGACGCCAUUUGCAAGGCUCGCGGAUCCGUGGCCGGUAAUAGUGGUGUCCACGACACGGUCGUCAAUCAACUGCUAGCCAAGAUCGACGGCGUGGAGCAGUUGAACAACAUCCUGGUAAUAGGAAUGACCAACCGGCGGGACAUGAUCGAUGAGGCCCUGCUGCGACCUGGACGCUUGGAAGUGCAAAUGGAGAUCAGCUUGCCCAACGAGCAGGGUCGCGUCCAGAUCCUGAAUAUCCACACCAAGCGGAUGCGUGACUUUAACAAGAUAGCUAGCGAUGUGGACAACAAUGAGAUCGCGGCCAAGACAAAGAACUUCAGUGGCGCAGAGUUGGAGGGUCUGGUUAGAGCGGCCCAAUCCACGGCCAUGAAUCGGUUAAUAAAGGCGGACUCCAAGGUUCACGUGGACCCGGAGGCUAUGGAAAAACUGCGUGUUACGCGAGCCGACUUUCUGCACGCAUUGGACAACGACAUCAAGCCCGCCUUUGGAGCAGCCCAGGAGAUGCUGGAAAAUCUGCUGGCACGCGGAAUUAUAAACUGGGGCCCACCGGUCACCGAACUCCUGGAGGACGGAAUGCUCUCCGUACAGCAGGCGAAGGCCACUGAGAGCUCUGGCCUGGUGUCUGUUCUCAUCGAAGGAGCUCCCAACUCCGGCAAAUCAGCGCUGGCCGCUAAUCUGGCCCAGUUGAGUGAUUUCCCAUUCGUUAAGGUCUGCUCCCCGGAAGAUAUGGUAGGAUUUACGGAGUCAGCCAAGUGCCUGCACAUCCGCAAGAUCUUCGACGACGCCUAUCGCUCCACAUUGAGCUGCAUUGUGGUGGACAAUGUGGAGCGAUUGCUAGACUACGGUCCAAUUGGACCCAGGUACUCUAAUCUCACGCUGCAGGCGCUAUUGGUUCUACUGAAAAAGCAACCGCCAAAGGGUAGAAAACUGCUGAUCCUGUGCACUUCCAGCCGGCGGGACGUUCUCGAGGAGAUGGAAAUGCUCUCGGCUUUCACGUCCGUCCUGCAUGUGUCCAAUCUCUCAACUCCCGAGAACGUGCUUGCCGUGCUGGAUGAUUCUGAUUUGUUUAGUCCCGAGGAGCUGCAGAGCAUUGCCAGGAAAAUGGCGGGUAAGCGAUUGUGUAUCGGCAUCAAGAAGCUGCUGGCUCUCAUCGAUAUGAUCCGGCAAUCGGAGCCUCACCAGCGGGUUAUCAAGUUCCUCAGCAAAAUGGAGGAGGAGGGCGGUCUGGAAAUGGAUAGGGUGCAAGGGCACUAGCUACGCCUUUAAAUUAAUUUACAUUCCAUUAUCAAACAGCAGAGUGGUUCGAUUUGAUUGAUUCAAACUGGAAAAACGGUUAUGUGUUUACAAUUAAAAAUAUAUAUAUAUGUAUUAAAACAAAAAACCGUUACAAAAAUACUUAUAACCUUUUGGGAAAAAAGUACAACGUAAUAUAAUAUAAUAAUAUAUUCCCAUAUUUCAAAAUAUCUUACUUGCAGAGUGGGUUUCUAUAAAAUUCUAUACUUUCGUGAAACUUUGAAAUUAGUUGCCUUCAAGCCUAAUACACAGAACCGGUGACCACUUUUAUUGUUUAUUAGGAAGUGUAUAAUUUUAUAAACUCAUAUUCUGCAAAUCGAAGAAAUCGACCCACCCUAGUGCAAUUUUAUGAUUGUGUUUUUUUUCCCGCUAUCAAAAGGGAAUCACAAUGAUAGGUUUCAGCUGCAAUAUAAUAUUCUAACGCUAUACUUCGCUUAAGUUCCACUAAAAAAAAAAAAAUAUAAUAAAGCGUAACUGAAGACCAACUUGUGAGAUAAAGUCAAGUAAUUUGUAAGUUUUGAAUUUGAUGAUACCAACGAACUUAAAGUACUCGCAUUAGCGACUAAGGAUAAUCCGUCGGUGUCCACCAUGAAAAUCUCAGUUUGAGUGCACAGACUUACAUAGAGAAUUUGAUACCAACAUGAUGUAUUUUAUAAGGAUUUUACGGAUAUUGCAUUUACCAUGAUAAAUAAAAAAGACAAAAAUCCGAUGAUGCAGCCCUAAUAGAUUGAUCUUUUAAAUCAAAAUUGAAUUAAGAUGCUUAAGCGUUAUACCGAUACUUAAGAACUAUAAUUCUGAAAGUUAUUUUACAGAGCGCACAGUUUUGAAUACGUGUGAUUUUUAUUUACAUGACUUUUUACCAAAAACGAAAACAAAUCAUUUUUGUUAUAUUUUUCUUUACAUCCAUAAGUGAGAUCACUUUGGGUUUGAAAACUAGCUAAAGAAGGUGCAUGUCUUAGCUACAAUUUCUGAAUUUCGAUCGAAGCUUUUCGAAAAACACGAAAUAUAUGUGAAUCAUUUGUAAAUGGAUAUGUCUUUUAUGGAUAAACUUGAUGUGUACCAACGGGAUAACAAACUAAUUUAUGUAAUUUACCCAAUAGCUAAAAAUAAAUGGAGUUUUCCCAAAGACUAUGGUCUUUUUAAU